CUCAGUCCGGGGGCACUCACUGUGGAGGUCGUAUUGUAUAGCGAAUAAAAGCCUUUCAGUAUUUUACCAAACCUCAGUCUUUUGGAGUAAUUGAAGGUGCUUCAAUUUUAUUCGCUGUACGUUUUAAAACAUGGAACAGUCCCUGAGACCAGAAAAAUUAGACCUCAAUCCGCAAACACCUGAAGCUGGAAACGCUUUCGAACUCUGGCUGGCCUGCUUCGAAGCGUAUCUAGAGGAGAUUAAAGCGACCGACCCUGUAGCGAAGUGCAGAGUUCUACUCUCCAGGGUCAGUCCACGGGUCUAUUCGCUGAUCAGAGACCAGCCGAGCUACGACGGCGCAAUGAAUGCACUCAAAAGACAAUACCUGCGGCCGAUAAACAGCGUCUAUGCUCGGCACCAUUUAGCGACACGGCAACAACGGUCCGGGGAAUCGAGUGCUGAGUUCGUGCAGGCCCUACGGACGCUCGUGCGAGCCUGCAAUUGUCAGGAGCUGACGGCGGCGCAGCAUGCAGAGCUCCUAGUGAGAGACCCCUUCGUUACGGGGACCAGGUCAGUGUACGUGCGCCAGCGGCUGCUGGAAAAAGCCGAUCUUACCCUAAGUUCGGCGAUCGAGCUGGCUGAUACGGUGGCAACUAAAAGCAGGAGGUACAGCGCGGGGGACAGAGCCUUCAUUAAGUCGGAGGUGCAGCGGCUGCUCAGGGAGGGGGUCAUUGAGGCAAACACAAGUCCUUGGAGGGCGCAGGUGGUCGUUGUUCGGAACAGGGAGAAGAAUAGGAUGGUCAUGGACUAUAGCCAGACCAUCAAUAGGUUCACGCAGCUCGACGCGUACCCUCUACCCCACAUCGCGGAUGUGGUCAAUCAGGUAGCACAGUACAAGGUGUACUCGACCAUAGAUCUAAAAUCCGCUUACCAUCAGUUCCCCAUCCGCCGGGAGGACCACCCUUACACUGCCUUCGAGGCAGACGGCAGGCUUUAUCAAUUCCUGCGCGUCCCCUUUGGUGUCACGAAUGGUGUAUCUGUCUUCCAGAGGGCAAUGGACCGGAUGGUGGACCAGUGCCAACUGAAGGCCAUGUUCCUAUAUCUGGAUAACAUCACCAUCUGCGGUCACGACCAGCAGGAUCACGACAACAACCUCCAAAAAUUUCUCCAAGCGGCCAAAUCUUUCAAACUCACCUAUAACAAGGACAAGUGUGUAUUUGGGACCUCCCGACUUGCUAUCCUUGGGUGUGUCGUGGAGAAUGGAGUCAUUGGCCCUGACCCCGACUGUAUGCGCCCUUUGUUGGAACUCCCUCUUCCCAAUACCCUCAGAGCCCUCAAAAGGUGCCUGGGCUUCUUUUCAUAUUACGCCCAAUGGGUCUCUAACUAUGCAGACAUGGUCUGCCCCCUGGUCAAGUCCACCACAUUCCCCCUCUCUGCCGAGGCCCACGCAGCCUUCAACCGCAUAAAAGGGGACAUUGCCAAAGCAGCAAUGCAUGCGGUGGAUGAGGCCAUUCCCUUCCAAGUAGAGAGUGACGCCUCCGACUUUGCGCUGGCUGCUACCCUCAACCAGGCGGGAAGACCGGUGGCGUUCUUCUCCCGUACUCUUCAAGGCCCUGAAAUUCGGCAGUCUGCGGUAGAGAAAGAGGCCCAGGUCAUAGUAGAAGCUAUUAGGCACUAGAGGCACUAUCUCGCCGGCAAAAGGUUCACCCUGCUAACUGACCAGCGCUCAGUCGCGUUCAUGUUUAAUAAUCAGCAGCGGAGCAAAAUCAAAAAUGAUAAAAUUCUGAGGUGGAGAAUCGAACUCUCCACCUACAACUAUGACAUCAUGUACAGGCCUGGGAAGCUCAACGAGACCUCCGAUGCCCUAUCCCGGGGAACAUGUGCCAGCACGCAGAUCGACCGGCUAUAUGCCCUACAUGUAGACCUUUGCCACCCGGGAGUCACCCGGCUUUUCCACUUCGUGAAAGCCCGGAACCUGCCUUACUCCCUUGAGGAGAUCAGGAUGAUGACCAGGGACUGCCAAGUCUGCGCAGAGUGCAAACCGCACUUCUACCGACCCAAAAAGGCACCACUCAUCAAGGCCACCCGCCCCUUUGAGCGACUGAGUGUUGUCUUUAAGGGCCCCCUUCCCUCCACUGACCGCAAUGUGUACUUUCUUAACGUUAUCGACGAGUACUUGCGGUUCCCCUUCGCCAUCCCCUGCCCCGACACCACUACCACGUCAGUUAUAAAAGCCCUGCGCAAGCUCUUCACUCUGUUCGGAUACCCAUGCUAUAUCCACAGUGACAGAGGGUCCUCGUUUAUGAGUGACGAGCUGCGCCAAUAUCUACUGGCUAGGGGAAUUGCAACCAGUAGGACCACGAGCUAUAAUCCCCGGGGGAAUGGACAGGUAGAGAAGGAGAAUGGCACAGUGUGGAAAGCCACACUCUUAGCCCUCAGGUCAAAGGGACUGCCGGUCUCCCGCUGGCAGGAGGUCCUUCCCGAGGCACUCCACUCCAUCCGCUCCCUGUUAUGCACAGCCACCAAUGCCACCCCUCAUGAGCGGCUCUUUUCUUUUCCCAGAAAAUCGACCACUGGAACCACCCUACCAUCUUGGCUGACGUCCCCGGGGCUAGUGCUGCUCCGGAAACAUGCGAGGAGCAACAAAUACUCCCCGAUAGUCGAGAGGAUUCACUUACUUCAUGUGAACCCCCAGUAUGCCUACGUGGUUUUACCUGAUGGGCGGGAGGACACGGUCUCCAUCCAGGACCUGACCUACAAACAAAUAGAGAAGCUUGAUCUUCAUCAAAAAGAAGUGAAAAUCACUUCCCAUUAUAUUAUGGAACUAACUGCUUAG